GAACAUUGAUGAGAAUACGCUUUAUAGUAGCGAAAAGUAACAAGUGCUUGAAAGAUUCGUCAGUCCUGUAGGUCCUGGGUAGCUCGGUGGUUAGAGCAGUCGCCCGGAUUGCGAAAGGUCGAUUCCCAUCUCUGGGUGUCAGGGACUGAGUGGAUAUUUUAAGCAUUUUGUACUAAGAAUAAGAAAAUAACACCGAACCAUAUUAUCUACAGGUGCCCUCAGUCUAUCGCAGCGUCUCACACCGUUGGGUAGUUUGCUGAUCACGAUGCAACUGCCGCCGCGGCUCGGCUGCUGCAUGCUGUGGGCCGCGGUGGUCGGCAAUAUUGUAUCUAUAGCCAACGUGGUCACUCACUGCGCUGACAACUUGGAACUGUUCCACGAUGCCGCCGAUAGGAGACACGAAAUUCGUGAAUUCAAGCGUACAUACAGCAGUAGUUCAGAUCACGCGGCGCUACAUAAAAUUCAAAACGAAUUCGAGAGUGUACGUGAUAAAAUGGGCAAGAUUUACAGCCAACAGUGGUGUGAGAGGCGACAUCUGAGAUGGGACAGACUGGAUUAUGUUAGAAAAGUAUCAAACCUUCACUUAGAAAACAUACUCAAAUCGGGCUUCUUAGAACAGAACCCUGACCCGUCGGAGCUGACUCGGUUCUCAGAUGUGGAUCAGCUGACCGCCGCCAUUUUGCUGGCGGGAUCUAACUCUUUACUGACCACUAAGAGACAUAUUAAAACUAAAGGAAAGUUGGCUACUGUCGUCGAAGUGUAUACUACUAAAGGUGAUCGUGCUCAUAUUGGAAAUGAAAGUGUCAAUCACUCUAUAUCAAAGCGAACUAGCAAAACACAGUUGUUGACUUACUACGGCGGGCAACAUUCCAAUGAACGACGGGCCUUAGUUGUAUACAAAACGUCUGUGGUACCACCACAUACUGCGUUGUUAUUCUGCAAGGGAGAAAUAAGAACUGAAGAAGCGAACACCGAUGAAUGCAAUAUGACUAACUUUUUAUUACCGAAUCACAAACUACAAGUUUUGGUUCCAUCUAGUCAAGCAAGCACGUUUUUGAAAGCCAGAGAGAUGUUAUGGAAUACAUUCCAGUAUUACAUAGAGAGGGAUCUCAAAUCUAUACCGUAUGAUGACCACGUCACUAUAUCAAGAUUCACGGCGAGGUUAAUUAAAUCUGUAACCAAGAUUCUCAGUGAAGCGCAUAGGGAAUAUGCAGUAAGAGAAAGAAGUUUAUUCAGUGAUGAAGAUGAUGAAAUAUAA